UCCAACCAAGCAAGCACAUCUCUAGGUAAGAAACAAGGUGGCCAUGGCUUCUCUGAGGUACUCAUCCACAGCCAUUCUCCUCGAUCACCAAUAUACAACCCAAACAUCACCGACUUCGACCUUUGGAUUUCCAUCAAUUACCAGUGAUAUCCGUAUCAAGUAUUUCAAGACCAAAAUAAUAAAAAAAAACUCGACAUCGCCUUCAUUGAAGCCAACCAUAACAAUGAGAUCACCGAUAUCUUAUGCUAAGUCUCACUAUAUGAUAAUGUUUUCCAUUGGCACUCCUCAAGUGCAAGUGCAUGCAACAUUUGACACUGGAAGUGACCUUUUGUGUCUCCAAUGCCGGCCUUGUUCUAAAUGUUAUAAGCAGAAGGAUCCCUUGCUUGAUCCCUCCAAAUCUACCUCCUGCAUCUUGUUUACCUUGUGAUGCCCCCGUUUGUGACAAAAUCCCAGACAAUAUCGAUGUUAAACCCACCGUCUACGUUGAAGCACCACCAGAGGCAAGCCAUCCCCUUAUCACAAGUUCAUCAACAACAUUAUUCUCGGCUUUCUCAUUAUAAAUUUGGAAUCGUGCGUACCAUUGAUUGGGAAGCAUUGCAUGUGACUGGAUUGAGGGAGGGUGUUAAUUAUCUGUUAAAUGUUGGAGCCUGGCAUCAGGUUCUCACUGUCUACGAGCCCGUUUAUCAUGAACUGACUCUUGAGUUUCUCUCCACUCUUAAGAGGCUUCAGUGUAACAAUGUCUGGGACAAAUCCCAAUCCAUUUAUUUCCAAAUCAAUGGGCAGGAUUAUCAUCUCAGUUACAUUGAGUUCGCUCUCUUCCUGGGCAUCUAUGAUCGAGAGUAUAUUUUGAUGUAAGAGUAUUGCAACUUACUUUCCUCUCAUCCAUAUGGGGAGUCCUAAGCAAUCCUCUAGAGGAUAUUGAGCAACUACAAUCAACCUUUUAAGCCAGGUGUUACUACUGCUGCAUCUCUCAGGUCGCCCGCUCUUAGAUUCAUCCACGCACUACUCAGUUGCACCAUUACUGGCCGAAAUAGAUGCACCGGCAACAUUAACCUCGCUGAGUUUAGCUACUUAUUGAGCAUGCGGGAUCAGGUGCCUCUUUCACCAUGGAUUUGUUAUUGCCAUUUCAUUCCAGCAGCAUGCCAACAACAUUCGAGCACACACGAUCUUUGUUGGCCCAUACAUUACCAAACUUGUCAAGGGGAUGGGUCUCCUAGGAUGUGUCUAUCGCAUGACUCUUGUAGGUGGCUUGAACUCCAUUUCCCUCCGUAGUCUAUAGAAGAUGGGCAUUGCUGCUUCUCAGCAACCUGUGGCUACCUAUAACUCCUAGGAAGACGAGUUAUUAUUACAAGUGGAACCCCCUGCAUUCAAUGGUUGGGGACGAGCCUACAGCGUAUUGCGGACCAUCUUGCUCCUAGUUCAACCACCCUAGGCGAUGAUCUUUCCCCCGAGAGUGACCCCUCUUGAUCAUCGAAGCGUUACUUUCUGUUCUUGUAGUUUCUUCUAUUUUUAUUUCUAGUCCUUGUAGUAAGUUAGCAAGGGGAGUCCCUUGCUAC